AUGGAGAAAACCUCGACAGAAGCCGAAGCAACCGUGGCAGCUCAGAAGGAGGUGGGAGCACCUCCUCCGGAGAAGAAGGUGAUUCUGAGGAGCUCCGACGACGAGGUGUUCGAGGUGGGACUCUCGGCGGCAUCUCAGUCGGUGGCGAUCAAGAACAUGAUCGAAGACGGCUAUGCCGACGGCGGUAUCUUCCUCUUCCAAGUCACCGGCCCAGUGCUCGCGAAGGUGGUGGAGUACUGGAAGAAGCACGCCGAGGGCGGUGGCAGCUCCGAGGAGCUCAAGAAGUGGGAUGCCGAGUACGCGAACAUGGAGAAAGAUCUCAGGUUCCAAGUCAUCGAGGCUGCAGACUAUCUCGACACCCAGCCGCUGCUCGACUGCCUGUGCCAGGCGGUGGCCGACACAAUCGAGAAUAUGUCGGUGGAGGAUUGUCGCGAGUACAUGGGAGUCGAAAACGAUUUCACUCCUGAGGAGGAAGCCGAAGUCCGGGCCAAGUACUCUUGGGCCUUCGAGAAUCCUUAG